GGCGGGGUCUUUCCAGCAGCCCCAGCGCCAGUUAGUGUCUGCUUCUUCACGGGAAACCACCUUCGGUUAGCUCAAGAGGUUGUAAAGGAAGGGGCAAAGUGCCUGUUCCGCCUGGGAGGGACCAGUCGGGGUGACAGGUCUGUUAGUCUCAAGAGUCUCAGCCCUGUGGCCUGCACCUCCUCAUACUCUCCCUAGCCCCCCAGUGCUUAUGUCAGGGGCCCACAGACCCUCCCUCUUCAUCCCUUCAGGCACAUGUGGACUGCAAGAGAUCCACCCUCCCUAAGGACAGGUCCACAUGAGCUUGGGUGGAGGGAGAGCGUGGAGCUGUUACCACCUGCCGCUCAGAGACAGCCAACCCUGCGCCUCUCUAAUGCUAGGUCUCCCUAAUACGUGUGAAGGAACUUUGGGUCACAUGUGGCCACUUAGCUGAAUAGGUAGCAUUUGGGCCAUGCAGCUAUGAGUUGUAACAAAUAUAGCUCAGAGAGUGCCAAGCCAGUGGGACCAUGAGGAAGUACAGCCCUCAGUGUAGAUGGUGUCCAGGGCACCAUGGAUUCAGCUACCCACUGGCACUCCAUGUGAACCAGCAAUAGGUUGGUUUCCAUGGCCUUUUCUUUUUUCCUGCUGUGCUAGUUGUGAAGAAACAGCUUUUUUACCUGCUGUGGGCCUGGAAUACACUAACUGUAGCAAAAUCAGAAACUUCUCUCCUGGUAAGCUGCCUUUGCUAGCUGGGACUUGCCUGCUAUGGCUUGGCUCACAGGUCCCCUUUCUAGAAUUUGGAAACAUAACUGGUUUAGGAUGGAUGUCUCAGGAUACAUGCAGGAAUCUACUUGAACCUCACCUUUUGUAGAUUUGUAAAGUGCCUGGAACACUUGGGUGGUGUCCUGCUGUCCUUAUGGAGCAAACAAUAUCACCCUGAUACUACAAAUUGUCAUGAUCCUGGCUGGGUCCUCAUUGUGACCAGUGGGCUUCAUGUUCUGUCAUGCUUCCUGGAGUCCUUGCUCAUGUGUCUGUAGCUGGUGACUGGGCUCCAGGGUUCUGAAAGAGCAGCCUGAGAACUUGCUGUGAGACCAAGAGAUGGCCCUGUGUUUUGCAUGGGAAGGAAAUCAGGGGGUGAGCCAGGACAUGGCUGAGAGCUGGUUGAAAGUAUUCUUGUAUAGUAGGUGAGAUGGAUGGAUUUUUUUUUCUCCCCACAUCUGUUGCCUUACACAUGCUAGAGAUAUCUCUGCCUUUUGUAUGUGGGCCACAGCUCUAGGAUGAGCAAGGACAAACCUGUGAGACUUCAAGAUGGGUUGUUUUUCUUGCUCAGCACAGAAGGUUCUGUAAGCAUAUCUGGUCCCUGUCAGCUCUAUGAGACCAAGCAGGAGGCAAUUAGGCCUGCAUGGGGUGCUUUCUAAGCCUGGGAGAUCUAUUCCUUGUAUUGUCCUCUGAGAAAAAGAGAAGGAAAUGCAGCUGUUGCCCAACCUUGGUGUUUCCCAAGGCUUUGUGGAAAGCCUGACACUCUGUUCAGUUAUGGAGGGUGUGGCCUGGACCUCUGUCAUCUGAGUAGGGUUCAUCAGGAACUUUGAUUUGGGACACACCCUUGUUAGGCCACUUAUCUAUUCUUUCUACUGGUCUAAGCUUAGGUGACCCUUCUCUCCAGUCAGGUCCCUUUACUUCCUCCAGGAAAACUUUCUCCAUUUUGCUCUCUUCUAUUUUUGGGCUUCAGAGUCCCUGUGCUUUGUAAUGCCUAGGACAGAAGGAUGUUGUGCAGAGAGAGAUGGUAUCGAUUUCAUCCCAUCCCUAAGGAAGUCCUGGGCUCUGGACUCUUCUGUCCUGGCUCUCUUUGGUGCCCUCCUCGGUCCUCAUGCAUAUCAUGAGCCCCUAAGGCAUCAUUUAGCUAUGUCUGGAUGUCUGGCAUGGAGUCUCCACCACGCACCAGGCCUCAGUCUCCCCAAAAUGUGUUCCUUGUCCAUUUUGUCUCAGCACAUUGCUCAACUAUGAAAUUUGGAACAAUGGCUACCAUAUACCUUCACUCCCAUAUUCCCCCCUCCUGCCCUGUGAGCUCCAAUACUACUUCCUUAAGUGCUAUGACCUGCUCAGUGUUCAGGAUAUUCUACCCACUGCGUUUCUGGCUUCACUGUCUCUCAAUACUGGCAACCAAGUCUCAACUGCCCACUUCCCUCUUUCCACCGCCUUCAACAGAGUGCCUUCCAGGCAGUGGGCACUAUCCCCAUUGAUUGCCUUUAGCCUUCUCAGACAAUCAGACCAAUUCUGAUGAGGUUAAUGGUCCUUCAGACUCUGGCCAGGUUUUUGGCUUCUAUAUCUGCCUCCAGGCUGGUUCAUGGUCCACUGCUGGGCAGGCUGUAGGCCAUGCCUGGAGGCUUUCCUCGUUUGUAACAGGGUGGUUCUCUAGCAGGGUGACCCAAAGUUUCUGUUAGGUUGUGUCCUCAUAGCCUUUACAGGCAUGCUCACACCCCUUCUCCCACCCUGAGCUAGCCAAGUGGGGAUCAUAGACUUCAGCCAAAGCAGAGCUGGCUAGGUGGUGUCUGUGACCCACAGCUGACGUACAUGCAUCCCAUAGCUAUGGCUCAGCUUUGCACCUGUAGCAGACACCGUCGCACAGCACUUCUUCCUGUCCAUGGAGCAGGUCAACUGGCUGUCACUAGUCUACCUUGUGGUAUCCAUCCCAUUUGGCAUGGCAGCCAUCUGGGUUCUGGACUCUGUUGGGCUCCGUGGAGCGCAAAUCCUCUGGGCAUCCUUAUGGCAAAUGUACUGUCUCCUGCCCUGGUCAAGAAGGCAGAGGACAUCCCCAUGAUGCUUGGCAUCUACAUUGUCCCUGCUGCCCUUGCCUGUCUCUUGGCCACUGCCUGCCUCUGGGAGAGUGUGCCUCCUACCCCACCAUCUGCAGGGGCUGCCAACUCUACUUCAGAGAGUUUCUUCCACGGCCUCAAACUGCUCAUACAGAAUAAGGCCUAUGUCAUCCUGGCCAUAUGCUUUGGUGGUGGCAUUGGUAUCUUCUCCAGCUUCUCAGCCCUCCUGGAACAGAUCCUUUGUGCCAAUGGCUACUCCAAUGAGUUCUCAGGCCUCUGUGGGGCUCUCUUCAUCGUGUUUGGGAUUUUAGGGGCACUGCUUCUAGGCCUGUAUGUGGAUCGGACCAAGCACUUCACUGAAGCCACCAAGAUAGGCCUCUGUCUGACCUCCAUGACCUUCGUGGCCUUUGCUCUGGUGUCCCAGCUGCGGGGACAGACCUUUGCGUUGGCUGCCAUCUGCUCCCUCCUUGGGCUCUUUGGCUUCUCAGUGGCUCCUGUGGUCAUGGAGCUGGCGGUUGAAUGCUCGUUUCCAGUGGGUGAAGGAGCCUCUGCUGGCUUGAUUUUUGUCCUGGGGCAGGCCGAGGGUGUGCUCAUCAUGCUUCUACUGACGGCACUGACCGUGCGGCGAACAGGUCCAUCCUUUUCUACCUGUCAGCAGGGUGAGGAGCCUCUAGACUGGACAGAGUCUCUGCUGCUGCUGGCUGGCCUGUGUACUCUUCUCACCUGUGUCUUGGUGCUCUUCUUCAACACUCCAUAUCGGCGCCUGGAGGCUGAGUCUGGAGGACCCCCUUCAUCCAAGAUGUGUGCCAGAGAGCCAAAGAUAAUAAGCCCCACCCAAGUGCCACCCCUUGAGACUCGUGGCUUAACAUCUCCAGCUGGGGCCUCGCCGGAAACUCCUGACCCUGCUUCUCUCCUCAAAGGACACUCAGAAUGGGCAGAGACAUCUAGUAAAGCAGAGGCUUGCUAGGGUCUCUUUGACUGUGCCAGCCAUGCUAAGAGCUCAGACAAGGACACAAAGUCCUUAGCAUACCUAGAGUAUGGUGGGAUGGCCUUUUGGUCCUCAGGUAGACAAUGCUUGAUUAAACAUAACUGCUGUUGUAUGGGUACUGGUCAGUUAGGGUGGACUCUGGCCAAGCCAGACUUGUGGUGGCUGCUCAGGGAGGGCCUGUUCAUGGGGAGAGGGAGUGAGUGGGCGAUUACUGGUGGGAGACUGAGGGAGUUCUGAGGGCUAUGGCAUGGCCAGUCUGAGGUAGACACGUGUAGGAAGAUUUUGUUUCAACUGUAUGACCAGACAGCCUGAUUCUAGGAUAGCACAGAGGGCAGAGAGCUGGUCUGAGCAGAGCAGGGAACAGAAGGAUCUCUGGUGGACACAUUCCCUCCAAUGAACACUCAUAGGCAA